AUGACUGCUGUAUGGGGGAAAGCCCGGCGCUUCCUCCUCAGCGACGAGGAAAUGGGCAAGAAGGACGAUGACCACAAGCCCGCGGCCGUUAACCUUGGUCUGCCGAGCCCGGGCUGGCACCCCAAGCGAGGACCACAGCGAAGAUCACUGAAGCGUCUUGCCAUUGCACUAUUUGUCAUCGGCCUGGUCUAUUUGUUUAUACACAAUAUACCAACCGACCUCGGACCGGCGCACACAAGCCGACCCGCCUAUGGCGGCACCAGGAAGCCUGGAGCCACCGCAGCCCACGAUGCGACACGUUCUCCGACCUCUGGCACUGCUGACGACGCCGAAAAUACAGCCACAUACAAUGGACCGCCAAAGUUCCUCGACCUGGCGGCGUCCUUGCAUGCCAUCGCCGGGACCAGGGGCGGCAUGCUUCUGAACAAGAACAUCUUGUUCACAGCCUCGAGUUUAAAGAGCGCGACCAUUCUACUGCCCAUUGCCUGCCAGAUGGGUCGAGAGUCGAGGAAUUAUGUACACUUCGCUCUCAUGAGCCGCAGCCCCAUCAACAUGGAAGAGCUACAGAGCAUAAACGGGGUCGACGAGACGUGCCAAAUCAUAUUUCAUAAUGCUCGAACAGAGCAUGCCGCCAUCAUGACCGACGAGCGCAUGGAAUAUGCCGCCUUUCGUGCAUUCCACCACAUUUUCAUGUGGAUGCAUCCACAGGCUGUCAUCGUAGACGGAUCUGGUUGGGAGGAGUAUUUUUUCACGAAAGCGGCCGCGGCACAUGCCAAGGCCACGGGAAGCACUCUAAUAGAAUUGCCUUACUCAUCACAAAGCCUGUUAUGGAUGACCAAACUCGACAGCCGCUCGUUGCGCGCGUGGGACAAGAACCAUAUUGACAUACUAAUACAGGCCAUACCAGGCUCAUCCGGAGGGCUGAUUAGACUAUUGAGGUCUUUGAGCGCUGCAGACUUCGCAGCUACUUCAAUUCCACAUCUGACCAUCGAGCUACCCAGCGACAUAACUCCUGCCACGAAACAAUUAUUGGAGGAAUUUGAAUGGCCACCGGCGCAUAUUUCUAACCCAACGGGCGCAAAAUAUGUCUCUAUCAGACAUCGAAUCUCACGCCAAAGUUUGACUGAGGAGGAAAGUUCAGCGCGGUUCCUCGAAUCCUUCUGGCCCGCAAAUCCGAGCAUGUCUCAUGUCCUAGUCCUCUCACCUCAAGUUGAACUGGCACCAGACUUUUUCCACUACCUCAAAUAUACGAUGCUGGAGUACAGGUACUCUGAAGCUUCACAUGUACAGCAUUGGGAUGCCAGGCUAUUUGGUAUCAGUCUUGAACAACCCUUGAAGCAGUUGAAUGGUGAAGACCAAUUGUCGCCUCCGCUUUCUAAGAAUAAAGGUUCAGAACAAGACAUCUCAUCUUCUUUCCUGUGGCAAGCACCGACUAGUCGCGCCAUGCUAUUUAUGGGCGAGAAAUGGAUGGAGCUCCAUGAUCUCGUUUCGAGGUCACUUGAAGUCCAACAAACCUCUGACGCAACUCCGUCGCUUUUAUCCAAGAAGCUGAUCAGUACUCAACACCCGGCCUGGCUAGAACAUGCCUUGCGCCUAUCAAGACUACGUGGGUAUUGGACUCUAUACCCUGGCGAAGAAACAGCGAAAAGUCUCGUAACAGUUCACACUGAUCUCAGCCACAUCCCUGAAGAAUAUGCCAAGACGGAAGAACCCCUGAAGUUGGAUGACAAAGCCAGUGAGGAGGAGAUCGAGAAAGUCAUGAAGAAGUUGAAGACGUCGCAUGACUCGAAUCUGUCCGCCGGGUUGUCUCUUCAGACUCUACUUGAAGCCGGCGCAUUACGUGCAUUUGGCAACUUGCCAUUGAUCACGUUUGAUGGUACCAAAACGGAUCUUCAAGGGCUAGACGAACUCGCCGCUAAGUUUGCUCUUGCCUUCAAGACUCAGGUAGGACGGUGCAAUAAAGCGGAUACUGAGACCAAACGUGUUGCUACAUCAGCAAAGGAUCUGUUUUGCACGGACGAUUAG